AAAUUGUCCUAUUCAACAACAAGGCUUGAAUAACACAAAUUGAAGUUCUUGCGCUUCGAAACUAAAGACUUCGAGGUGAUCUAGAUCUACGAUUUACGUAGAUGUCUAGAUAACCUAAACAAAGCAUUUUGCUCAGGGAAUAUGACGAUCCGUGCUGAUCAAGGGGAAGAGGAAAGUAAACUUCACGUUGGAGCUCGACUGAACAACCUCAAGUUAGUACGCGAAGCGAUAAGGGAAGAAUUAGAUCUGGACGCCCUGGGAAAAAAUGGCUGGACUGCGUUGCAUGAAGCCAGUUCCUGUGGCUAUCUAGAGACAACAAUCGCACUUCUUGAAGGUGGUGCCAACCCAAAUAUUCAGGAUAGCCAAAGAUGUACCCCUCUCCAUCUCGCUGCAAUAAAUGGUCAUUUAGAAGUUGUUCGCAGUUUGGUGCGCGCUGGCGCUCGGCUGGAUUUAAGGAACGCUGAAGGGAAAAAACCCCAGAGUUGUGCUAGUGAUGAUUGCUUGGACUUUCUUGCGAGGCAACGUGCUGAAGAAGUCAUUAAAGUAAACCCUUCUCCAAUCGAGGAAAACUCUGUGCGAAAGUUAUACGGUCCCAAAGCAAGUCAAAGCCCAGUUCUGAAGAAGAAUAGACAGUCAUCGCCGUGGUCAGACAGCUCUCAGAGCUCGCGCGAAAGCAUGACGUCAAGUAGCUCAGGUUCCAGUGACAGCUUUUGUGAAUCAUCCUAUGCAGCAUAUUUACCAGGGCCUGGAGAAAUGAAAGUAUCCUUAGAUUUUAGCCCCAAUAGACGCUUUCUUGAUAUUCAUGUUGGAGAAAUUAAAGAUGUGAAACUUCCUGCAGGUCACAACAUGUCACACGUCUACGUUAAAGGAUAUCUUGUUCCCGACAAGUUGAAGGAAACAAAACGCAAAACGUGCUUACUCAAACUUGGAAGUCCAGUAGAAGGAAGAAAGUCAAGAGAUAGUGUUACUUUAUGGGAUAGUGAAGAAGCUGAGAGUGAAAAAAGUCCUGGAAAAGGAAUGGGACAAAGAUUAGUCUCCUCACUUAGGAGGGGAAGUCGUUCAUCCUUGCAUAGAAAGAAGAGUCAAGAGCAAAGCAACUCAGCACCUGUUUAUCGCAUAUCAACCACAUUUGGAGAGACCUUUCAUUACAAUGCUGACGAACUGAGGAGGGUGAAUGUGGAAACCUGCAAUGUGUUGUUGACGAUCUGCGGUCGCAAUCGUGUAACAACUCAAGGACAGCCUGUCGCUUGUGUGACUCUACCACUAGCAGGUUACGCUAAAAUGGUUAAACCUGAGUGGUAUCCUUUGACGUACAAGAUACUGUUACCCAGUGGAUAUGAUGUGGCUGAAGAGCGAGAAUCACUCAGAGGAAGCAGAUCAUGGGAACAAAAAGGAGGUAAGUUCACUGGUCGAAGCCUGGCUUGGAAUGGAGGAGCAAAAGCAAUGUCUAUGCCCAAUAUAGACAUUUCUACUUUAAAUAUGGCAUCACAAAUAGCGGAUGGAAAUUUUAUCCAGACAGGAGAGGGCGGAUUCCCACCAAGUGGUUCCACAAAGCUCAGGAAACACAGCGGGCCUGGGAAGCUUCUGAAAAAGGAGUUUAAAAUCUUGAAAGGCAAAGGAAACCACAGAUACAGGAAUAGUCCUUCAUCUCAGGAACUGGCCAAAGAAGAGAGAGCCGAAGGUAGCUUCAAGGUUAACAUUGCAGAACGUAGUUCGACUAUUCCGGGAGCGAAUCGUGGGGGCAUCGACUUGAGUAACACGCUCUCCGGGAGUAGAAGGCGAAGUACGGCGAGUAAUAUCGGGUUACAUGAAUAUUCAGUCUCCCGUGAUCAGCCAAAUGAUGAUACAGAAAUAAUUUCGCUGGACGAAGACGAGGAACGCACUUCAAAACCAGAACUUGAGCAUAGAUCGUCAUUUGCUCGAUCGCUGAAAUACAGUCGAGCGUUUCAACAGCAAGCGUCCGCAGCGAGGAGACGAGAUGCUGCCGGAAAUGACAUGGAUGUGGAAGACUUUGAAGAAACUUCGGAUACGCCUUUUGCAGUCAGUAACUUUCACCGACAGAAAAGUGGAAUCGCGUGUAAUUGAAGCGUUAGUUAUUAGUCAUUUUUUUCCAGUAAUGAAUUAAAUUUAUUACAUUCGUGGUACGAAAGAAUUUGUUAAAGACAGUGGGAUCGAAACAAAAUUUUGUUUAAUAUUCUCACCAGUUAGUAUUUCGGACAAUUAUUUUUUAUUAAACUUACUUUCAAGCGUUGCGCGAGUUUCGUGUAGUGUAGAAAAUUGACAGAUACAAUGUUUAAAUAAGAGUUUAUUUUAUAUUAUUUCGUUAAAGUAAAGAGAAACACAGUGGACAUUUUGUAACAUAGAGUAAUAAAAUUUUUUGAACAAAUAUUGUAAAUUGAGGGAUUUUCGUUCGU